CAACGCGCUGCUGAUUCUUCCAAUUUCCAAGGCCUGAUUUGUCCCAUAAACAAAGAAGCAGAGGAAAAAGGGACAGAACAUCGGUUGCGUAGUCUGGCAGCAGCAGGGAACUUUCCCGGAGCUUAAUCCCCCGGGUGGUCGUUUCUCCGUCGACGAUCACAUUGGGCACAAAUCCAACCUCCUCGUAUUCACCGAUCAGCAGCUUUUCCAGGCGAGAGACAGAGUUCGUGAUUUCCUCUCUUCUUCUUCUUUCAAGCUCCUGCAAUGGCGGAUGCCGGCGGUGAGAAGCCUCUUAAGAAGAUCGCGGAGGCGUUCAAGGGGCUCGAAACCACUGUCAACUCCCAAUCCGCCGCAGACUUGGAGCUUGCGCCCUUCUCUCGUGCCGCUUCCCUCGUCUCGCCUCUCUUUGGUUGUUUGGGCAUCGCCUUCAAGUUCGCUGAGAUGGAUUAUGUAGCCAAGGUUCACGAUCUUGCAGAAGCAUCAAAAUCAAUUACGACCCUACCAGUUAUGAUGGACAAAGAUGUAGCGGGAAACACGGUGAGGAAAGCCGGCAGUCACACCAGGAACCUCUUGAGGGUGAAGCGUGGCCUCGACAUGGUCAAAGUGCUGUUUGAGCAAAUUCUUGCAACACAAGGGGACUCCCUGAAGGACCCAGCGUCAAAGGCUUAUGCACAGGUGUUUGCUCCUCACCACGGUUGGGCGAUCAGGAAAGCAGUUGGUGCAGGGAUGUAUGCCCUUCCCACAAGAACACAGCUAAUGAGGAAGCUUAACGAAGAUGAGGCUUCAGCAAGGAUUCAAAUGCAGAGUUACAUCUCAGCAUCUGGGCCGCUGAUAGUGUACAUUGAUAAACUAUUCGAGACGAGAGAACUGGGAACAGAUUGGUGAAGAACAAGCACCCAAAUGUUGACUUGUAGCCUGUGAUGAUCCGCCCCUGGGGGGUUGUUUACCUCCACCGGAAAUUCCCUUGCUGUUAAUAUACUCUCUUAAAGUGGAAUCUGUUGAAAUAAUGUGUACAAUUAUCAAGAAGCUCUUUAAGGAGACGGUGUUGUAUAAUCUUUAUAUUGACUUGACUGUGACUUAUGUGUAAUUCUAAUGCGAAGUUCUCGUUCCUUCUACACACUGCUUCUAACACAGAGGAGGCGAGAUGACAGAUCUGGAAUCAUGUGAAUUGCAUACUAAUUACUAGCUACGUUAUCUCACCUCUAAAUGAAAUCUAUACAUUUCAACAAUCC